GGGCCGAGGAGCAGGACGUGGCCACUGGUGACACUGGAGAGGUCAGUGGUGCUGACCUGUGGCUCCGUCCAUGCAGGGCCGAGGAGCAGGACAUGGCCACUGGUGACACCAGAGCAGUGCCAGCAGAGGACGAAGGACGCACAUCCCCAGCAGCCGCCCAGCUCCAGGGUGACAACACGGACACCACCAGCCCGUAAGUGCCCGCUGUGGGGGCCACCCCGCCAUCCCUGGCCGUGCUCCCAGGAGCACCCCAGGACCUGUGGGACUCCCCAGCAGCGCCGAGGCCGCAGGGCUGCGGAGCCGUGCCCGGCAGCUGGCGGCCCAGAACACCAAACUGCAGCGGGACGCCGAGCUGGCCGAGGAGCUCAACACGCGCCUGGCCGAGGAGAUUGCGCAGCUCCAGGCACAGCUGCGAAGGUGCUCCCGAGGGGCUCCCGAGGGGCCGGGGGCUGGGACUGCGUCCUGGCAAGGCUGAAGCGCCGUUUGCCCCUGGCAGCAGCCGGCAGGCGCUGGAGCAGGCCAGGGCGGCCGUGGAGGAGCUGGACGACAUGAAGGCCGUGGUGAAGCGGCUGGAGGAGGAGAACACCGAGCUGCGGCGGCAGGCACGGCACGCGGAGAAGGAGCAGCGCAGCCUGUGCUCACGGGCCGAGGGCCUGCAGGAGGAGAACCAGCGGCUCCUCGCCGAGGGCCAGGGACUGCGGGAGCAGCUCCAGGCGCAGGCGGCUCGGGUGGCCAGCCUGGAGGUGAGCACGGUGGCCAUGGAGCUGGGGCUGUGUUGGACAGUGACAGUGCUGAGUCCCUGUCCCCAUCCCUCUGCCCAGGCCCAGCUCUGCCGUGGCACUGCCCUGCUCUCUGCCCGGGACACUGCCCUUGCCCAGGUGAGCGCGCGCUCAGUGACACUGCCACUGCCUCAGCUGUCACCAGGGCCACCCCUGGCCCUGUCCCCCAGCCCCUCACUUCCAGGCCCUGUCCCACAGGCAGGCAGAGGGCGCAGGAGCUGACAGCAGCACUGGAGGAGU